AGGGGUUGUCAACUGGCGGACUGAAUGCAGACGCAGCAAAGUGUUUCAGCGGAUCAAUCCAAGCACUUAAUUAUAUAGUAGCAGAACUGAUAAAUGUGUGAAAAAAAACUAACUGUAGAUGAUUCUUUAGCUCAUCAAGAAAGGUCUGAGAUGUGAGUCAUUUAACGGAUUCCUACACACAUAGAAACUCCGCUGCAAUAUAACGAAGGAGCUCUUAUUCAUCUUUCAUUCUGUGCGUGAAUUUGUGAAGAAAACGCAAUGCGCUCAAGAGACAGCAUCUUCAGAACCUGCCUCAGAGGGAUUUACAGUUGCUCUUGGAAGCGUUCACAAGACAGUAAAACAAAAUGUGUAUACUGCUGGUUCAGCUUUCUCUCUCUGGUGUCCAUUCUGACCCUGGGAUGGAUGUAUAUCUGUUUUGUUGCUUACAAUGACCACGAUGAUGUCAACAGGGAGGCCUUUACUUCCCUCAGAGUUUGGGUGAACUGGUACAUGAUUGUUAUAAUCCUGUCUGCAGUAUUGGCUACUUACUGUCUUCUGCUCCUGGGGCUUUCGUUAGUCCAUAUUUCCAUAAAAGAACCUUUGGCGUUACACUGGCUGCAUAAGGUUUUGUUGUUUGUGGGUCUGGUUAUGGUCGGACUUGGCAUAGGUGGAAUCAGCUUCAGAUGGACAGAAGAAUGGUCCAGUAUCUACUUAUCACUGCAGGCCACAGCUCCUUUUCUGCAUUUGGGUGCUGUUGUGGCUUUGACCAUCAUCAGCUGGCUUGUGUUCCAGAGUUACUACAGAGCUCAGAGAACUGUUUCUAAGAACUUCAUAAUUGGGGUAUUCAUGGCAAUUUUGGUCGUGGUUUUCCUCAGUCCUCUCUUGAUUCGUAGUCCAUGUCUUACUGACACACUUCCCCCAAAACCCAGUCUUGUGGGCCACCGUGGUGCACCUGUGUUGGCUCCAGAGAACACCAUCAUGUCAUUCAAUAAUAGUGUGGAGUGCGGUGUGGUAGCCUUUGAGACGGAUGUGCAGCUCAGCAAGGACAUGGUUCCUUUUUUAAUGCAUGACAAUCAUAGUAAGUUUCUGGCAAGGACAACUAAUGUGGAUAUCGUGUUUCCAAAUCGAAUGUACAACACGAGCAGUGACUUCACAUGGGAGGAGCUACGGAAAUUAAAUGCAGGCGAAUGGUUUGUCAAGACAAACCCUUUUUGGUCUGUGUCUUUCAUUUCGGAGAAAGACAAGGCUCUUGCUCGUGAACAGAGUGUACCAUCCCUUGAAGAACUCCUAGGUAUUGCAAAAGAGCACAACAUCUCUCUUAUCUUUGACUUCAAGAAUAAAGAUGAUGACUGCAAUAGCACAGUUAUGACCAUACUGAAAUCUGGCAUCUCGCAAAAUUUGAUAUGGUGGCUCCCUUCAAAGUGUAGACAGGAUGUUAAGAAGCAGGCUCCAGGGUUUCACCAGGUCUACAGCAAUAACUCUUCAAUGGUGAACGACUCUGGGCGAUUUCUUAAUGUGAAAUACAAUGCAAUAAGUACUGAAGACAUUAGUAACUUCAGAAGCUAUAAUGUGACGGUCAACCUGUGGGUGGUGAACGAGCGCUGGCUUUUCUCGUUACUGUGGUGCGCAGGGGCCAGCUCAGUGACCACUAACACAUGCCACCUCCUCAAAGACAUGUCUCAGCCUGACUGGCAUCUGGCUCCUCAUGUGUACAGAAUUAUAUGGAUCACUGCUGAUGUGGUGUCUUUGCUGGUGAUCAUUAUUCUGUUUUUUGUGCAGGGGAAAGCAAGGAACCAGAUUUUUGUCCUGGAAUCAGAAAGAACUGUCCCCCUUCUUAACUUCUGAGUAGCUCUAACACAGAAGAAAGAAUGAAUACAGCACCGUGGUGAAAAAAAUAGUAUUUUAAAUCAGAGAUGCAGAUUGGACUAAUGGAGCUAACAAGUGGCCUCCAGCUCACAGCCUCCAGUUUGUGAAACAUUCACAGCUACACCAGCCCCAUAGCUUCAGUGCAGAACUUAAAAAAAAAAAAAAGAAAGAAAAAAAAGUAAUCUUUGAAAGAAUGAAAAAGGGGAUAUUGCUUAUAGCUUUUUAUUUUAGUGCCUUUUUCUUUACUGGCUGAACUAUUCAUGUAAUCAGUGAUUAUAUCACUGAUUAUAGAGCAGGGAAAUCACUGGUAAUAGAGCAGGGAAAUCACACUGGAUCAGAGAUGGGAACCUCUGCUUUAUAUAAGGAUCUCUUGUUCAACAUAAUGUUUAAUAAGAAUUAAAAAACAUAUGUAGAUGAAAUGACUUCCAUUAAAAUAUUGCUUUGCUUAAUUCAAGAUACAAUCAUGAAGAUUUGGCAUUUAUUUAAAACAAAAAGUUUGAUUUGAAAUAGGUUAAUUUUUUUCAGGAACAGAUCAAUUUAAAUUUGCCUAUAUAUAAAAAAAAUCAUGACAUUGUAUACUCUCCUUAGGGAAAAAAAAAUUCACUGAAUGUAUAGUAUAUGUCCUUUUUUGAUAUUUGUUAAUGUUUAUAAUACUAAUGAAAAGCUUUAAACCUUCUCUACUCCCAAUACAGCUCCCAAAGGGCUCUAUAAUUGGCUGAAAUCUGCGUCAUGGCACUGUGUUAAUGCUACAGUAAUGAUGAUGAAUGCUUUCAUUUUUAAUAAAUAAUUAAAUAGUUCCACAAUGCAGAAAUUAGCUCCAGGCACACAUGUCAAAUGUUACCGAGCUGAAUAGUGAAUCUCUGCCUGGUAAAAUAUAACAGAAUGAGACAGAACAUGACAGAAUGAGAAAGAUGUGGUACAUAAACUAUAUGAAAUGUAUGCUGUUUUAGAUUCUAGGUUUUUUUUUUUUUUUAAAGGGAAAAAAAUCUUGUCCAUAAGAUUAGAAAUGAAGCAGCUAAUAUAACUGUUUCUGAAUAAAUACCCAAUAUUAUUCUGCCCUUCAGCUUUUACACAUUCAUUUACACAUGCCAAAGGUAUUUAGCCUAAAUUCUAGAAUGAUUUGACUGUGAUUAAUGAUCAUUUUUUUUGAUCAUAGAGUAUAUAGUACAGUAGUCCUGUUUAUAACUGGGUUAAUCAGAUGUCUCAUACUUUAAAACCUUAGUGUGCUUGUGUCUUAAUGGCAAGUCUUGUCUAAAUUGUAGGUUUAAAUGUUUAGCACCACUGAUAUACUUUUGACUUUGACUGUUUCAUCCAUGUUUGAAAGCUGUUCUUAGUGUUUUGGUUGGAGUUUACUGAUUUUUAGGUGUUUCAGGUUGUUGAUUUCUAAGUAUUGCUCAGUAACAGAAGGACAGUUUAACACGAACCAGUUCUUGAUUUAAACAUUUCAGCCACUGAGUCACUACUUCCUUUUACUGAAAGGAGCUUGCUUUUCUUGUUUUACUGACUUUUACAAUCAGGUUUUUGUCUGUGUCCAAACCCAUAACUGCUGCAUUUCAAUAAUAGUUUACAGUUGAGAAAAGUUUGUGAAAGGCAUCUGAAUUUGUUAAACUUCUGGUAAGGGUUUUAACUUCCCAGAUAUUUUUCUGAGAAUACGAGAAAUAAAAACAUUUUUGUUAUA